CUGGCGCUAUGAGCCUGAGAAGUGGGGUACUCUCUGUCGGGUGGUACCUGAACACCAAACAGGUGGGCAAGGUAAGGCGGCGCGUGCAGGAGAUGCGGUACCCAUCGUCGCCCCUGGCAACUGAGAUGGACCUGAGCCACAAUGAGAGCGCCCGCCUGGCGACUGACGCCCUUCUGGACCGGGGGCUGGUGGCCUACCAGGAGGCGCUCGCUGGGGAGGGAGAGGUGGACUUCCUGUCGAAGGAGGAGAAGGGCUACAUCCUGAGGAACGCCCAGGGCCCAGCUGAUGGAGACGAAGGUGAGGGUGAGCCGGACCAGGAGGGAUCGUCUGAGACAUACUUCCCUGCAAAAUCGGAGAGUGAGCCCCUGGUGCUGGAGCAAGGCUGGCCCGUGGCCAACUGGGGCUACCACCUGCAGGGCAAGCCCAACGUGGAGGUGUGCUUCCAGUCUGACAGGUCAACCCGAAUCAAAGACUUGCUCAGAGAGUGCAUCAGCAAAGCCACUACGCUGCUGGCAAUUGUGAUGGACACCUUCACCGACGUGGAGAUUUUGUGCGACAUCCUGGAGGCGACCAGGAAGCGCUGCGUGUCCGUGUACCUCCUGCUGGACCACGUCAACCUGCACCUGUUUGUGGAGAUGUGUGAGAACCUGCAGAUCAACAGCUCGCACCUGACCAAGAUGUCAAUCCGUAGUGUUUGUGGAGAGACCUACUGUGCGAAGUCUGGGAGGAAAUUCACUGGUCAGAUAAAAGAGAAGUUUGUCAUCAUUGACUGCACUCAAGUGCUUGCUGGAUCCUUCAGCUUCACCUGGCUCUCCUGGCACAUGCACAGGAGCCUGGCUGUGCUCUUCAAAGGCAGUGCCAUCAAGCCCUUUGACCUGGAGUUCCGCCGCCUGUACGCUGACUCCAAGCCUGUGGCUGGCUUCCCCACUGCGACCAUCCCACAGAAUCCAGCCCUGCCUUCCGGUCUUGGGCAGCACCCGCCUCUCCUUGCCCCUCCGCGGGUGGACCGUGCCUCCCCUCACCCCACGGCCCAGCCCAAGCCUCACGAGACCACGCCCACAUCCCCACUAAUGUCUCCGUCCUCACCGCAGGUCAGAGUUACCCAGCAGACCUACCUUGUCCUGCCCAGCGCGCACUGGGUCCCCCAGAGGCACGUUGUGAGCCGGCCUGUGGUCCGGCAGUCCUCCUUCUCCAGUGACUGCAGUGCAGGGAACCUCAGCUGGAGCCCUUUGAACCUUGUACAUGGAGGAGUGCGCAACAGGCCGAACGGCCUGUUUCCAAGACAUUCUGCUGGCUUCCACUUCCUUAAUAAACCCGGAAAUCAAACCACAGUGACCAUGACCAGAACUGGGAACCAAGGAACCUUCUAA